AUGGAGACGUAUGGUUCACCAUGUUUACUACAAACUUACGAUACAAAUCGUUUGAUUAUCUCAGAUAUUCCAAAAUUUUUAAUUAUUGAUCAACCAGUCGACUUCACUAUCGAUGUAUCAAAAGCUGGAAAAGGCGAAAUUGAAGUUGCUAUUAAUAAUGGUCAAGUUAAAAAUCACGUAAAACCAUUAGGAAAGUCAAAAUUUCAUUUUACAUUUAUUCCCAAAUUAAACGAACCUCAUAGUAUUUCGAUUACAUUUAAUGGACAUCAAGUAGUGGGAUUUCCAAAACAAUGUUCAAUAAUUACAUCUGAUAACGUAAAAUUUCGUGGUCCUAGUCUUCGUCCAGUCUUACUAGGUCUUGAGACUUGGUUUACAAUUGAUAUCACCUAUAGUGAUUUAUCGGAUUUACAUGUGACUAUAUUUACGCCGAGUAAUGAUAAAUUAAAUCCAUCAACACUCCUCACUUCCGAUGGACUUCGAGUAGAUUGGACACCAAUGGAAAUAGGAAUUUAUAGGAUUCAUUUGACGUUAUUCGGUUUUUCACUUCCAGGAAGUCCAUUAACUAUGAAAUGUUAUGAUCCGAAAAAAGUAAUUAUUAAACCACCCCUUCGGGAUAGUAUGAUUCGAAUACCCACAAGAUUUAUCAUUGAUGCAUCUAAAGCUGGCGAAGGUGAUCUUGCAAUUAGUGUCAAUCAUUCUGGUCGUAAUAUACCUAAUGAAAUUAAUCCUAUUGGCAAUGGCCGUCUCGAAAUUCAAUUUACUCCACAAAAAGCCGUCACACAUUAUUGUAACAUUCUAUUCAAUCAUGAACAUGUGCCAGGAAGUCCACUGGCAGUAAAUGUGAUGGAAACACAGCGUGUUAUUGCAAUUGGCAAGGGUCUCGGUGCAGUUCCAAUUAAUAUUCCAACGUCAUUUACUGUCCACACGCCUAAUGAUAGUACUGGGCAAUUGAAAUGCUUGAUUAAAGGUGGAGUAAAUGAUAUUUUUUGUUACGAUCUGAAAGAUGUCAAAAAUUUUGCAGGAUCCGAUGAUCGUCUAAUUUCAUGUCUUAUAACAAAAAUUGAUCUAAAUCGAUAUGAAGUUACGUAUACAACUGAUCGUGUUGGCGAAUUUUAUAUUGAAAUCUUUUAUGAUAAUAUUCAAAUCGAUAGUAGUCCGUUCUUAGUUCGAUCGUUUGAUGCAAAUCAAAUUAAAAUUCUUCAUUUUCCAUCAUCUGCUAUUGCCGGUUCAUCAACUUCUUUUAUUAUCGAUGCAACGGAUUCUGGUGCUGGGAGUCUUGAAAUAGCUAUAUCGAGAAAUGGAAAAAACAUUCCGAAUUAUGUACAAAAUGAAGGCACUGCUCGUUUUCGGAUUAAAUUUAUUCCCGAUCAACCAUGUAUACAUCAAGUUCAAAUUAAAUUUAAUGGAACUGAUAUUCAUGGAUCUCCUUAUCUAUGUAAUGUAAUUUCAAGUGAAUUUAUAUUUGAAAAUUAUGAAUAUGCUCCCAUUCAUAAACGAACAUCAUUUUCAAUUAAACCAAAAUCAAAUUUUAAUUCAAAUAUUUAUUUCGAUAUAAAAAAUUCAGCCGGCAAUGAUAUAAAAGGAAAACUUGAAAAAAUCUCCAUGAAUUCGUUUGCGAUUGAUUUUAUACCAAACGAGAUCGGCGAUCAUGAGAUAAGAUUUUAUAACGAUGAAGAUAAAAAAUUCAUUAUGACGAAAUUUAUCUGUCAAGUUUAUGAUCCAAGUAAAAUACGCGUCAGCGAUUUACCAUUGGCAAUUGCUCGUCAACCGUAUAAAUUUACACUUCAUACGGCGGACGCUGGUCAUGGCGUUUUAUCUGUUAAAAUAAAGCAGAACGGAGACAAACUAUCACAUGAGCUAACACAAAUUUCUACGUAUAUUUAUCAAAUUUCGUUUACGCCAGAAACUGAAGAUGAAUGCAUUGUACAGAUAUCAUUUAACGGAGAAAAUAAUUUUCGAACACUGGUCAUACCAGUACGGAACGAUUGUGAGCAAGUUCAUGUUUCAUCGAUUCCUUCAGGUGUUAUUGACCGACCAGUUACUUUCACUAUCGAUGGUGCUGACUCCGAUCUUGUUUCCAUACUUGUCACUGAAUCGCAAUCGAAUCGAGUUGUGUCACAUACAAUGACGCCGAUAUCAAAUGAUAAAAAUAAUUAUGAAAUAUCAUUUAUACCAACUGCAGCUCGUCAACAUAUUGUAUCGAUAUCCUACGAUGGAAAACUCCUAUCAACACAUCAUGUUGAUGUGUGUAAUGUAAAUAAAAUUCAUGUUAGUUCUAUUCGUGAUGGUAUUGUUGGUGCAUCAUCGAUAUUUUCCGUUGACACGCAAGGUGCUGGCGAAGGCCAUUUAGAAGUUACAAUUAGUAAUGGACAACGAACAUUGCCUGCUGAAUUAAAAAGUAUUCAAGCCAGAAAAUUCGAUAUCGCUUUUGUCCCUGAAAUGAGUGGCAUACAUUCGAUUGAUCUUGCAUUUAAUGGCGUAUCUAUAGAAGGAAGUCCAUUUACGAUUAAUGUCGCUGAUCCGCUAACAAGCGAUAAUAGUGCUUCUGAAGUCGACGACAACGACGACGACGAUGAUGAUGAUGAUUAUGAAUUUUUAAUUGGUGGAGAAUUACAAGGUACAAAAGUUGGCGAAGUUGCUUGGGUUAUUUGUGAAACAUCAAUUACAGAUAUAUACGAAGAUUUUAAUAUAUACGUAACAGAUCCACAUAAAGUUAUAGUAAAACAUUCACGUAUACAAGAUUCAUUUGGGCGAUGGCGUAUUGAAUAUGAACCGACUGAAGAGGGAAUCUAUCAAAUACAAAUCGAUAGUAAUAAAUCACCCAUAAAUCUUGCCGUUAUGGAUGUAUUACCGGCUGACUAUGAACGCACUGUUUUCGGUGAACGUAUUGUUUAUCCGAAUAGCCUAAAUUUUAUUUCGAUUGUGUCCAAUAAUGAGAAUAUAAAAGUUCAACUACGAUCUUCAAAUAAUAUUGAAGUUCCAAUUGAAAUUGAACGGCAUGGAUUAGAAUGGAAAAUUUCUUAUUCAUUAACUGCGAUUGGCACUUAUCAAUUGACUAUUAUAGAUGAGGAUGAUCAACAAUUAUAUGAUUUAUUUUGUAUUACUGAAACAAUUGAUUUAUUUCGGAAUGGUGGAAUCGAAGAUAUCACAAAAAUAAUUAUUGACCAUAAGAAAGUUUUUGCCGAUGAUGUUAAUGUUAUUGUCAAAGAUCCAUUAGCUCAUACGAUACCUGCUGCAUUCUAUCGCAAUUCAAAUAGAGAUCUUGUUAUUGAAUAUAUACCAGUGCGAGCAGAUAUUCAUGAAGUAUUUAUUCGUACGCAAAAUAAAGUCCUUGAUGUCUGUCCGAUACGUAUAAUGGCGUUCACGGCUCAACAACCCUACGAUCCUGUACCUCGUGUACAAAUAAAAGAAAUUCUUGAACAUACUUUUGAAGGUGUUAUUGAUGAAAAUAAUAAAUUAGAAAUAUGUGUUACCGAUCCAUUUGAAAGACCAAUACCAUUUCAACGUUCGAAAAAUGAACACGGCGAAUUGACUCUAUCGUUAUCGCCUGUUCGAAUAGGAACUCAUUGGAUUUGUAUGUCAAACGAUGAUAAUGAUUCUUUUGCUGUGCUACCAAUAUUUGCUUUCGAUGACGAUUAUGUUCCAUUAUCACCACUUGAUACACCUUCGCCCAACGAUAGAACGCUACGAGAUGAAAAUAAUACGAAUAAUAAUAAUAAUUCGAAUAGUGUAUCAGACUUAUUUUCUCCAGUUAAAGAAUUAACCACAAUAAGUGAAAUAUCAGAAUUUCAAUCAUCUCGAUUAUCAUCGAUUUCACCUGCACGUUUAACAUCGUCAAUAAAGGAAGCUGUAACAAAUACUGCCCCUCCGGAUGCUCACGAAUCUUCUAGCACGCCUACAUGUAAUGAUAGAUCAAGUCCUCAAGUACAAAUACUUGAUAUAAAUGAUCUCAUCGAUCCAUGUGUUCGUACUAUAUCGAGGUUUACUUUCAAAGAUCCAAAUAAUAAAUUCAAUAUUGCUAUUUAUGAUGCCAAUCGAGAUGAAAUUGCUUAUCAUGCAGAACAUCUUUCUGAUGGACGAAAACGUAUUUCCUACCAGCCCACUAUUGUUGGACAUGUCGAAAUUCAUAUUUUAGAAGACAAUGAACUCAUUACUGAUAAUCCAUUGAUUGUCUAUGCAUUCGAUCCAUCUGCUGUACACUUAAUUAAUUUUCCUAAGAAAAUACAAAUCAAUACAACGCACGAAUUUCAUAUUGAUCCAACACAAGCUGGAAAGGGAACAUUAAAAAUUAUGAUAAAAGGUUUUGUGACUUUCGCCUUAUUUUCAUUACAUUUUCAACUUUUAUUUGCAGAUCCAAACAAUCAGCAUGUUCCUAUUCACGUUGAAAAACAAUCAAGCUGCUAUAUUACUGUUCAAUUUAAACCCACUAUUGCCGGUCCGCAUACCGUUUCAAUAUUAUUCAAUCGAAUCCCUAUAUCGCGAACACCAUCUCAAAUAAUUGUUGAAAACGUUGAACAAAUUCAAAUAGUUCGAUUGCCUGAAUUAGAAGAACGUGGACGUUCAAUCUAUUCUAAACAUGAAUUAUUUCUACUUGCUCAACAACAAGAAAGGCCUCACGCAUUGCCUUCACAAGUAUUCCGCACUUUGCUAUCGAAAUCAAACGAAGUGCUCUCUCGGAAAAAAGAUUCAUCGGCCACUAAACAUCAUGGAAAUGAACAAAUUAUAAGAUCAGAAGAAACACAUCAAACAAAAAUACAAUCUAUACCAUUGAAUGAAACAGAAAUUCAACGAUUGCAAUCAUUAAAAGAAAAAUUCGACCGUGGACAACCCAUCGAUAUCAUAUUCAAUCCUCGAUUGUAUCCAUUUAAAAUUCUUCUACAAAAUGCUUAUCCACUUGUUGAUACUGAUGUACAUUUUUUGGUUGAUCAUCCUCAUGUUGCUUAUGUACAUAUCACUAUAAAUGGAAUGAAAGUUCCUCUACUAGCAACUCGUCAACAUAAUGAUACAUUUUUACUCAAAUUUCGACCGACGAUUGCUGGCGAUUAUCUAAUUACAUUAAAAGAUUUUCUUGGACAACAUAUUUUAGGUUGUCCAGUCAAUUUUCCUGUUUAUAAUCCCAAUGGAGUUCAUCUCGAACCGUUUCAUCCAUUACAAGCAAUCAAUGAUUGCCAUUUUAUCUGUACGUUAUUGUUCACACCUAUUGAAUUUAUCACACAUACACUUAUCCUCUUGUUAGGUAAUGUUGAUAACGUUGGCCAAGGCAAAUUCUUUGUGAUGAUAUAUAAUCAAUUAAAACCGAUACAAAUUCCUUGUCAACUUCAAUCUUUGACAAAAAACCGUUGUAGAAUUUCGUUUUCACCGUCGAAAAUUGGUACCUAUCGAAUUUAUUUAGCCUAUAGAAAUAUUCCAAUAAACGGUAUGUAA